CAUGUAAAGGGAUUCCUAUUAAGCGGGGCCCAUUUACGUGGGGUUUUUUUGUGUAUGGUUUGUCUAUUCAAAAAUGAGUUUGAAUGCUUUGUGGAGUGGCGAAUAUGCUUGAGUGAAUCUGUGAAGUGUCGGUGUUAUACAGGUAUAAUGAAACACACCAUAUAGGCCUAAGGCAACACAGCCAGAAAAAAGGUGGGAUGGAAUGGCUAUAGCAGUUCAGAGUCUAUAGAUAGCGGAUAUAUACACAUGCAGAAGGGGGUUCCCAGAGGCAGAUGGUGGCAGGGGAUAUAUAGUUUACAGAAGUUGGCACAGUUGUGGAAGUUUAUUUUCUGUGAAUGACUGUGAUAGUGUUAUUCUGAUCUACAUACUGAUUGUCUGUUUAGUGUUAAAAGCACGUGUGUCUGUUGUGAACAGGAGUUAAAUGUCUGACCCCAAAUUUCUCUCUGCAGUGAACUUGGAAUAGAUUAUAAUUUCCAUUAUUUACAUGCACACAAGGGAAGACAGCAUUAAAUUGGAUGGUUUUGUUUCCAGAAACAGUGCUUCUGUGCAGAAUGUGUCGUCUGCAAUAUGUAAGUAUAUAGUAUCUGAAUUCAUUUCAGAAUGUGCAGCCUUCAUGUAUGAAUGAAUGUUAAAGGGGGGAUGGGGAAAUUGAAGUGGUGAUGCAGUUCUCCAUGAAUAUAUCACAACAAACUCUGAUUAUUGCAGACAUAUUAUUAUCAUCAACAAGUGCUGGCCAAUUGGGCACCAAUUAAAUCAAAUACAGACAUGCAAUCCAUGCUGAUUGUUUUGAAAGGUGUUGGCAGUAGCAAUUUAUUGAAUUAAUCUCACUUAUUUGCAGAUUACAGUCUGUGGUAUUUUGUCUAUUGGAACAUAUGAUAGUUUAGCAUACUCAUCGAAGGAUGAAGAAUUCUAGAGGAGUGAUGGUGGCUCAACAGAGAAACAACCAUAAUGUCCACCAAGGGCCGUGAAUCUAGCAAUGGGAUAGCUGCUAAAUCAGACAGCCCUGAAACCAAGAAAUCCAAAGAUGCUGCAUCUGGACCUGAUGCUGAUUCGUCCUCCAAGACUAGACGACCAACAAACGUCAUCCGUCCUCCCAGUAAUCUCCCACGCGUGGAUGAGGAACCUUCCACAUCAGAACCAACACGGGAGGUUGAGACUGUUGAUAGGGGGGUGGGGCCUACCCCACUACCACCCCCAGUAGACCCGAGACUACCGCCACACAGUCCGUAUUAUGGUGUCCAACCACUUUUGGACCCUAGAAAUGGAUUGCUUGACUAUUCCUAUGGUGGAUUCAACCUUAAUCCUUACCGAUACUACAACCUCCACUAUCCCAUCAACAACCCACUCCCACUGAACUCGCACACACUGGAGGGGCGAUAUCAGUGGCCUCAACCAGGGCCAUAUCAUCAGCCUAUGCCUCCUGGCAUUCCCCACAGUCCCCUAUCAGAUGUUCCAUCUCUCAGUCUACGAAGCCCUUUAGCACGAGAACCAGUCACAAACUUAGCUGCCCGAAUCCAUUGGGAACAGCUCCAGAGAAACUACUAUCAACAUAGUCCCCUCUCACAACGAAGAUACAGCCCAUCUAGUUUACCAGGUUUUCCACUUGGAGGUCCUGGGUCCUUAUAUAGUGAUUACGCCCCUAGUCAUGUUUCACAGAGUGGGCGGAGCAUGUUUGGGGACAUUCCUCCCACACCAGGCAGUGGAAGCAUAACACUCCCUGGAUCAUUGGAAGGUUCGCGCCUGACCAGCCCUAGACCUAGUGUUGUGGGCCGCAGUCGGAAGCGAGCAUUGUCCCACUCUCCGAUCUCGGACUUCUUGGAUAUUCAGAGUCUAACUCGCAGCUCCGAGGGGUCACUACAGUUUCCUUCCUUCAACCUGAGUACCCAUAAUUCCCGGAGUUCUAGUGCUGCCAGUGGGUCUUAUGGCCAUUUGUCUGCAGCAUCCUUUGGGGCUGUCAGUCCUGCACAUCAACCACAGUUGCCCUACUUCAGACCAUCUGCUGGCAGCAUGCAGGGCCAACCAUUUAUGCAUCACAUGAUGCAACAACCCAUGAUGACACACAGUAGAAUGCAGCAGGGUGGACACAUGGGAAUCCCUCCCUCCACACAAACAUCACUGCCACAUCAGCAACCACCGCUCAAAGCUGAUCACUCCCAGUCACAGAUUUCUACGACAACUAAGGAGGCAGGCAGCAGUGUCGUCAGUAGUACUGUUGAUCCAAACCCUAUUGAGGUCAAAAGGUCAAAAAUUAAGAAAGAAGCUGAUUCACAUCAUGGAUCUCAUAGAGACCUUCGUGAUGAUGAUGAGAAGCCUACCAUUGACUCUCAAGGAAAACAUGUCCCGGUGGAGGGGGAGCCUGACUUUAUAGAAACUAAUUGUCAUUGGGAAAAUUGUUCCCUCGAGUUCCCUACUCAAGAUGACCUGGUGAAGCAUAUAAAUAUUGACCAUAUACAAGCUAACAAGAAGAUGUUUAUCUGUCGGUGGAAGGACUGCAGUCGUGAGGAGAAACCAUUCAAAGCCCAGUACAUGUUGGUGGUUCACAUGAGGCGCCAUACAGGAGAAAAGCCACACAAGUGUACUUUUGAGGGCUGUACAAAGGCAUACUCUCGUCUGGAAAAUUUGAAGACGCAUCUUCGAUCCCACACUGGUGAGAAACCGUACAUGUGUGAGUUUCCAGGCUGUACCAAAGCGUUCAGUAAUGCCUCAGACCGAGCCAAACACCAGAACAGAACACACUCUAAUGCUAAACCCUACGUGUGCAAGGCUCCAGGGUGUACAAAACGUUACACUGACCCUAGCUCUCUUAGGAAACAUGUCAAAACUGUCCACGGUCCAGAGUUCUAUGCCAAUAAGAAACAUAAAGGUGACGGUUCUUGUAAACAGGAGAGGCGGGAUGAUGGAGAUCAGGACACAGAUAACAUGGAUGACAACCAUAGGAAGGUGGAAGAGUGUCUGACAGUGACACCCCUCCAUACUGGGGGUGGAGAGCGUCGCCAGUCCCAGGACAGCGUGGGAGGAGGCGGGACAGGACCUCACCAUCACUCCUCCCCAGACAGCAGUCCUGAGGUGAAUGUCACGUGUAACAACCAACCGGAUCUCAUUGAGGACCACACCUCCCACAUGAUUGACAGGCAUGGAGACCUGGAGGAGGAAGAGGACAUUCCAGAACCUGAGGAUGUUGAGAUUCAUGGGACUUCAGCAGUUGUAGCCAGAACAAAUAGGCUAAACACAACUAGAACUCUACAGCAGAAGUUAAAAAGCCUACCAGGCAAAACAGCACUACCUCAGAUAACCACAUCAGGUAAUCAACAUAGUAAUCAGUCUCCAUUCACAGACCUCAACUCUAAAGCUCUUCAUCUCAAAAACCCCCAGAUCAAGCGCCUUACCCAAGAUCUCAACAGUCGUAAUGAGCUGGUUCCGGGAAAUAUAUAUGGAGUGGGCCGUCGGGACAGCAAUACGAGCACUAUUAGUUCUUACAUGUCCAGUAUGCGUUCAGACUCCAGUCCGUUCAUGCCAGGCAGCAAGUUCUCCAGCAGGCGCUCAAGUGAGGCUUCCCAGAUAUCAGCUCGACUUAGCAUUACAAACUCCCCUUAUGAGUAUGAUAUCACAGGAAAUAUACCCAUACAUGGUCCUAGUCGUCGCUCCAGUGAAUCUAGUAACAGUAAUAUCAGCAAUAUCAGCAAUAUGGCUGCCCAGUUUUCAAAAACUCACUUGGGAAGCCACCCAAAUCUCAUAGUGCAAUCUCAAGCAAUGACACUACGCAGCCCACAAAGCAAGUCCCGAGAACGUGUUCAGAGGUAUUUAUCAGCAAGACAUGACCUCGAUGGAGCCCGGACUUGUACACCUUGCCGAACUCCACUGCCACACGAGAUCCCCAACCAAGAGAGGAGAAGGGCAAGUGACCCAGUGAGGACACUGGAUCCUAACUUCAGUGCUCUUAAACGUCUCCAGAGGUUUCACAGUCUCAACAUGAUGAAGCCUUUACCUGUACCACAGAGUAUGAAAUCAUUACUGACAAAAACAGACUCCAACUGCACAUUUAAUUCAUCACGGAGUAGCAUAGCCACAGAUAACAGUGUACAAGAAAAUGAUGAGUACGAGAACGAAGUGGAGCUGGACAACGAGAUGGCGCUUCUGGAGAAGAUGAUGGACGAUAAUGAGGACAUGUUGAUUCCGGACGACAUGCAACGCUUUCUUAACGAGCAUUACUACCAUGUGGACAACUCCAUGGCAGACACCGAAAUUGCAGCCUCAUCCAGAGCAAGUAUUCUCACUCAAGAUACGAACCAGGCCACGCCUCUACCAGGAGAUAUGGAUAACAAUAUGCAGGUCAAUGGUGGUUACUAUGGAAACCAAGGCAAUAACCAGGAAAUGAUGAACAUCUCAAAUGGAAUGCAACAAUUUAAUAAUGCAAGAUUGCAAAACUGUGGUGAUGUGAAUCCAAACAGUAUGCACCAAAAUGUGAUGCAAAAUAUGCAAAACCAAAAUAUGCAAAUGAUGGGUGGUAAUAUGCAAAUGAAUUCUAUGUGUAAUCAAGGAUUCAGUAAUAUAUCACCAGGAGUUCAAGGAAAUGUUCAGAAUCUACCUCAAGGUUCAAAUAUGAUGCUUAUGCCCCACCCACCUAAUUAUGAAAAUGGCUCUCCCAUGUCUUCCAGUGGACCAAUGCCUCACCCGCCUAAUGUUCCCUUGCCUCAUCCUCCAAAUGGUCCCAUAUCUAAUGCCCAAAAUAUGCACUUAACACAUCGAAAUGUACCACAGCAUUCGCCCGGAAAUCAAAUGUACAGGACUAUGCAACAAAAUACGAACCCACAAAUAAUGCAAAUGAACAUGAAUCAAAAUAUGAACAUGACCCAGUGGAACACGAUGAACAAUACUAACCAAGGUAUGCCUAAUCAACAAUUCAUUAAUAAUCCCCUUCAAUCCCCUACAAAUAUGCCUCAUCCCCCAAACAUGCCUAAACCAUUAUCUCAAAAUGCAAUGCAACAACAGAUGGCGGGCAUGAUGCAUCAGCCCCAACCACCGAUUAACAAACGAGAAUCAGAGAGUCCUCAAGUCCAGGUGCCACAUAUCAGUACCUCCCACAUUCCAUCGAGGGCCAAGGGCAGAAACCAGAUGGUGAUGCGUCAGCACCAACAACAAAUGUACAACAACCAACAGCAGCCAAUCAUGUAUAACCAGAAUCAAUCUGGGAACAUGAUGCCCCACCCUCCAGCCCCGCCCAUGUACCAACAGAAUUCACCAAAUGUCAUGUACAGACAAAACAUGAACAUGGAACCGCAGAUGACAAAUAAUCAACCCACUCAAAAUCACCUGAUGCCUCAGCCGGCAUACCCAACACAGAUGGAGAUGUCCCCUGGCUGUAAUCAGGUGACAAGUUCUACAGACAGAAAAGAGGCACCACCCCCUCCUCCACCCCCACAACCACCCGCCCCAAUUAUUGAGGAAUUCAUGGAGAACAUCAAUUCAAUAUCAUCGGAGAAUUUAUUGGAUAAUAUGAGUUCGAUUACCGACGUCUGCACGCCCACGGCUAUGAGCCAUCGGUCUGCAUCCCAGUCUUCCCUUCGUUAUAAUGCAUCAUUAAUGAAUUCAAAUAACAUGGUGGUGAAUGACAUGAGUUCUGUAUUGACACAAUUGGCAGAGGAGAAUAAAUAUUUAAAUAUGAGGCAUUGAUAAUGGUGGAUGCAACUGAGUCAGAAAUAUACUUAAAUUCAGUUUCUUGGGGAAAUGUGUUCGUUUGUGUUUUAUAUGAGAUUAUCAAUUUAUGUAAUCUAUAAUGUUGGAAGAAAGAAGACUUCUGAGUUUCAUAUCUCAUUUAUGUGAGAAUGAAUGUUUAUGUCAGCUUCACAAACACGUAGUGCAAAUGUGAAUGAAUGGAUAGGAAAUUCAGUGCUCUUUGUACAUCUGUCCAUGAAAAAAAUGUUAUAAGUGCCAAGAAAAUUUAGUUAUUGUGAACAGUGAUUAUGAUUUUUACUCUGAAAACUCGUAGGAGAAAUUUGAUGCUUUGCACAAAGUUGAUGUGUUUUCAUGUCAUGGGUGAAAACUUCCUAUAGACUUGGUGCUGAAAAUCUUCAGAAACAAAUUACAUGAAGAUGUUUCUUCGUUUGAUAAAGAGGAGACUUGGCUGUUCAGGGUUGAAUUUGUUUUAUUUGAUUACCUGCCUUGUCUGUGUAUUCAGCUGGGCAUUCAAGUCCAUCAUUGGUUAGACUUUACCAUUAAAUGUCAUGAAAUAUUCUAAAAAUUUAUAUCUCAUUGUCUUAUGUAUCAAAUGCAUAUAUUUUAUCUUUUUUUUCUCAUUGUACGCUUUUGCAUAGUGAAGACUUAGUGGUUUAUCUAUUUGCUUGUUUCAGAAUUAUUUGAUUGAUGCUGCUCUUUUUAUUUCUAAUGUUGCUCAUUAAAAUUCACCACCCCCCCCCCCCCCACCCCCACCACCCCCAAACUGCAAGAGAUGUUUAAAUUUUAAGUGCCUUGUAGAUAAUGUAUAUUUUUAUUAUUUUAUCCAAGUAAAUUUUUAUACAAGUGCUCUUAAACUAGUGGCUCAAAAACAAAAUCAAAGUUGUAUGAUAACCAAAAUACUCAAUGGUUGUACAAUAAUUAGUGGCAUAUCUCAUUUUUACAGAAAUGAUAUGUUAGUACAUUGUGUUGAUUUCUCGUACAAAAGAAUCAUUUUGUAUAAAAUCAGCCAUUAAAGUAUACAUAAAUAAAGGUUAUCAUUUUCGUUCAAAGUUGAAUUAAAAAUGCAAAUCUUUUAGCAUGAGGAUGCAUAUUCUCAAUUUUAUUCUUUGGUUCAUUGAUUUGCAUAUAUCAUUAUUCACUAUGGUCAAAAAGUAUACCCUUGAAUUCCACACAACCUGAUACACCAUGAAAUUUUAUGGAUUCAUAGUAUUUUGGAGAAGUUGCCAAAAACUGAGCAACUGAUUGGUAUAAGCACAUUAUAUAUAUCUUCUUCAUCAUUUGAUCUCUUCAUGUGGGCAGCAAAAUUUAAUGAAGAUGCACUUUAUCAAUGGUUUAAAAAGGAAAACUCAAUAAUCGAAAGCAGUAGAUUUGUACAGUUUAUGUCAUUUCAAACCUAUCAGAUGCAUGCUGGGAGUUUUUGUGUGUUGAUACAGAUUGAUAUCAGAAAUACUAUGCAUUUUCUUUCAUUUUUAUAGAUAACAAAGUAAACAGAUCUGUUGAUAACUAGUGCUCAUUUAUAUUUGAAUAGUUAGAUUUAUGCAAUUAUACUACAAGUUACAUGUAUUAAUUAUGAACAGGGUAUUUGAGAAAGGAAUAUUGAAUGCACAGGGUAAAUAUGCAAUCUGCUCUUUUUAGAUACUGUAAGACUUUGUUUUCAUGGAGUUGAAAUUUCAUAGUUUUAAAGGAAGCACAUUGAAGGAUGAUAGGACUUCAGGUACAGUAAACGGCCAUAUGUUUUGUUUGAGGGAUAAAUCCAUGAAAUUAAAACUGCAGUGAAAAUAGCAUAGCCAUCACUUUUAUAUAAAAACUUCAAAUAUACAACCAAAUACACAUGUUUUUUCUGGAAACACAAUGGUAUCUUGUGAAGUUGGGUUAGUGAAAACAAAGAAGUAGGGACAGUUUCUACAGUCAUUUGGCCCAGAAAAUAGAUGAUUUUAGUAGGAGUCCCAAAAUCUGGCAUUCAAAUAAGGAAUAUAUAAGCAAAUUCAAACUACAUUUAAUUUGAUCCAAAAUUGCUUUGUGUUGUAGGACAGGAGCGUGAAGUUGGCAUAAAAUUGCCAAAAAUCAAUGAAAAUUUUCAUAAAUUCAGGGUGUUUUCCUUUCAGAAAACCUACAGCCCAUGCAUCGAGCAAAUUUAUUUUCAAACACACUUUUCAUCUUCUCUUAAUUCACAAUAUAUAUUAAUUUCAUUUUGCUCAACGAAUGGGCACACCUUUUCCUAUUAAGCAAUAAUCUGGAUGAAAUUUAACAGCUGUCAAGCUCUUUUUGAAAAAAGGCAGGAAAAACUCUUAUUCAUGACGUAAUAAUGAUAUUAGAUAAGAAAUAACUUUUAUUUAAGUUGAGAUAGUAUACUUGGCAUGUAUUUAACUUAUUCAAAACACAGAUCAAGCUUGAUUCAAGACACAUUUAAAUCAGAAUUUUUGGGACCUUUUAUGUACACAAUUGUACCUUGUUCUUUUGUUCUAAAAUCUUGAAAAUAACCAAGGUUGAAUUUAAAGCUUUGUACAGUGUGCCCAUACCAAGUAACACUUGAAAAUGAUACAUGCUCAAAACUUUGAAAUAUUACAGGAUAUCCUGAUUGAAGAGAAUUAACGGUAAUUUGUGCUAUAUGUGACCAUUAAUUGUCAUUCAGUAUAUGUAGGAAUCCACUGUGUUCAUCAUACUUCAGUCAUAACUCGAAAUUUUUCAGUUUUGCCAAGUAUGUGCCAUAAAGUUGGGUUUUCAUGAAGGUAGUGCUGUUUUAGAGUCGGACCUAAAGAUAAUUAUGAAUCUCCUAAUUAGGGUUCAAAACCAAACAUCAAUACCUAUAUUUUUAAAUGGGAAUUGCUGUAAGAUGUAGUUUUGUAUGACAGUUUUUAGGGUAUUUUCUGUAAAGGUUAGUGCUUAUUUCAGAGGUUUGGAAUCUCCUAUUUUGCUAUAUUUGGUGCAUUAUUGUAUUUCUACAGAACUUUACGAUUGUUGAGAUUAUAGUUAUUACGAAUGGUUGUUUGGUGAUAUUGAAAUCGCAUUUUUUUUUUUUUUUUUUUUUUGAAGUGCUAUUACUACAUGAGACGUUUAAUUGUACUUACAAUAUAUUUUCUUUUGUACCAUUUUAGUGCAUAUUCAUCAUAUAUUCAUGCUGAAGUUAUCAAUUUCAUUUUAUAACAUUUGUGUAUAACAUUGACAUAGCAUCACAUUAAAUGCAUGCUGACAUGUUUACCUAUGCAAGUUUUCGUAAUUCUUUUUUUUUUUUUUUUUUUCCUUCUAAUUGAAGAAUUUGACUACUUGCAUUUCUCUGUGAUUUCUUUUUAAGAGAAAUUUCUAAACUUGAACAAAAUGUUAGUGAAAUGCCCAAUGUUUGUUUUCAGUUAUAUAUGUUACAUGCGUCAUAUUAUGAUUCAAUAAAAUUCUAAUACAAU